AUUAUCUUUGAUCGUGUGUAAUAAUCAAUGUGGAUCUAUUAUAAAAUAUAAUCCUAUUUGUCAUGUGAUUACCCGCUUACAAAUGUUUAGUGGUUCGCUGGUCAAUUUUAAUUUAUUAUUAUUAUUAUGAGUUAUGAACGGUGGAAAAUCUUGUUUUAUCGUCUUCGAAAUAAUGUGCGACACGGCCUAAUUGGACAAUGUUAACAGCUGCUGCUGCUGCUAGUAGUAAUAACAGCUAAACCUAGUCGAUAGACGAUAAUAAAUAUUGUGUUGGGAAAUAAAAACGGAAUGCUAACUUGACGCGUCUAAUCACGGUUGUCGUCGCCGCCGCACAUUUGGGACUCCCUGUAACCCAAUUUAGUUGUGUUAUCAAUGAAAACAAACAAAACACAAAAAAGCUUGAAUAAUAAAUUAUUAUUAUUAUUGUUUUUGUUCGUGGCUGUUGUACGCAAUACCGAGCGACCGAGAUAUAUUUAUAAUUUUUUUUUUCGCUCUUCUUUUCGUACACUCAGUCCCAACGCCUACAUCCGUGCUUUUUUUUUCUAAAAUAGCCACGUACAUCUGUCGCCAAUGACACAGAUCACUUCUGGUGCGAACACUACAUCGAAUAUGGGGCGUCGAUUAGCCGGGUCAUCGGCUAGAGCUCGUGACACUCAACCACUGCCGUUAGCUCCACAGCAUAACUCAUCCUCGGCUGACAGAAGUGCUAUAUCACAACAUGACGAGCUUAUACAUUUUGUAGGAGAUUCUUGGAAUGUAGUAUACCAAGAGUAUCAAAAUGGAUCACAAGGAAACAAUGGUCGUUUCCAUAUACAAUUUUACGAAGAAGGACAUAGUGACAAAUUAAAAGGAUUUAAGCCUUUUGACCUUGAAGCUUGGUGGGGAAAACAAACAAUUCAACGCUACCAGCAACGUUCCUAACACAAUUCUAUUAAUAUGAUGUGCGUUCUUAUUAAAAAAAAAAUCCCUAUUUAUUUAAUUAUUGUUCAAUCAUAACUUUUUUUCUGUUGAAAAUACUUUUCAAAUCGGUUCUAUUCAAUUACAAUUAAAAGUUAAAAUUAAAAAAAAGGAUAUAAACUCUUCUAAUUUUCAUUUUUAUCAUGUUCAAAAAAUGAAUGUUAGUAUUUGGAAAAAAAACUAUUACAAUAAAUAAGUAUUAUUUUAUUUUAUUAUAAUUUAAUCUACUCUUAUUAUUAUUAUUUUUUUUUAUUAUAUAAUUAACAAAAUUUAUUUACAUAUAUAUAAUAUAAAUGUAUACAUACAAUUUACUAAUGUGUGUAUGUACUUAUUAAUAUAUUUGACAUUCCAUUUUGUAAAACGUAAAGGUCUGUAUAUUUUUUUUAUAUUUUAUGUUUACUUUAUUUAGUAUGAAAUAAAUUACUUGAAAUCCCAUUUUUAUGCAGACUAUGUUAUACAAAAGAUUUUUCAUUUAAAAAAAAAAGAA